GACGUCACCAUUUGAGUGAGCGCGCGACUGUCAAAACAUCAACAGCAGCAGCCUAAAGUUUAAUCUGGCUAAGUUAAAGUCUGUAUACUACUUCUGUCUGUUUUGUCAACGUAACCUGUUUCUGUAACAGGAGAUCUCUUGUAAAAUUUUGCGAUGGGCUCAAAGGUGAUAUCUAGCGCCAAGGAGUUUUUUAAUAUUCUAAGAUCUCUUCAAGAUGAGGAAAGCAGCGAUACAUAUACAUACGAGGAGGACAUCCAAAUACUAAAGAUGAAUGGAGACAGAAUUGCUGUGGUUAACAUGUACUGCGGCAACCAGCCAGUCUUCAUCUGUCAAAAAGCUGUUCCAAAAAUGAGCGAACCUGUCGAUCAGCAAAUAACUGACUAUUCAAACUGCUCUGCUGAUGAUGCUGCUGAUGAUGAUGCCAAUGUACUCCAAACAGAACUGGGACCACAGCCUCUCACAAUCAUGAAAGCAAGGCAGUUGCUGUCUUGGUACACAUUAUCUCAAAAUGUUAAUGUAUUUGCUGUGGACAACAACCCUGCCUUACACCCUCUGUGGGUGCGAUGUGACAUGUCUGAUCCCGCUAGAACUACCUGGUUUGGGGCUGAAACAGUCUGCAUGGGCAACAAAGUUUCUGGUGUAAAAUUAUAUUCUGUUACCUGCAAAGGUGCAACAGUGGACAAAACAUCUCUCAUGACCUUAGACGAGCUUAAACAAGAGCACAAAAAGAGGCGUCACCCACCCACGAUGGUGAUUAAAGGCAGUGCCAGGUUCAACUUAUUUGGCUCCACUGUUGUUGAAAACACCAUGAUUGAGUCACAGAGUAGUGUGACAGUGGAUUUCAAAUGGAGUCAUGUGGAGAACAUCCUUGAGACCCCCCCCUUGUCUUCUACAGCCACACUGAAUAUCAAAGUUGCCAGUGGAGACAUGAGAAGCCCAAUGUUUGAGAUGUACAGAGAGCUGGAGUUUCUUCAGACUCUUGCUGAUGGUUUAAGAACUGGUGAGACUGAAUGGAUGGAACCUUUGGAAAGCAUGUCAGCUGUAAAUCUCACCAAGGCCUACCUAGAGGAGCUUCAGAGCACUGCAAAGGCACUACAGGAUCAGGCUGCAAAAACAACUGAGACCACAAAGACGAAAUCUGAGACAGACACUCCCAUUUUCAACUCUUUCUUGGAACGAGGCGACUUGGAUUUUGUGGAACAGUUGUGGGUUCGCAUGAGAAAGAGCGUGACUUCAUAUCAAGACAUUGGAGACUGUCUGAAAUUGGUCAUCGAAGCUCUGAGAUACGGAGACAUCAAACCCUGGAUUCACAGAGACAGCAGCAGCUCCCUCAGCAAGCUCAUCCUGCAGUCCUACCACCAGCAGAUCGAUCAUGUAUCUCUCACAGGUGUCACCCCUGUCCACAUGCUGCUAGAGAUGGGUCUGGACAAGAUGAGAAAGGAUUACAUCAACUACCUCAUUGGUGAAGAAUUGACAACUCUAAACCACUUGUGUUACUACCUGAGCACAGAGGCUGAUCUACAGGAGCAAGUGAUCCGACUCAGAAAACUGCACCAUCUGCUGGAAAUAAUCGUGACCUGCAGCACAUUCCUGGGUUUGCCCUACGACCGGCUGUUCCUUCUCACACAAUCAUGUUUGCAGCACUACAAAACAAACCCCUACGAUGAGGAGCAUGAGUUCAAACUCCAAAUCAAACCAGCCCUGAUCAGCCAUUUCUACCAGAAAGAGCACCCAGUUUUGUGGGGAGCUGAGCUGUGCAGUGGCCACGGUCCUCGCGAGGUCAGGACAUCCUUACAGCUCAGUGACAGACCUCUGGUUGAUCAUGUCAUCUUUGAAACAGAUUACCCAAAUGAAACAGUGAAUGGGGACAGUGAGGAUCCCGCCUUCUUCUCCACCAUGGUGUGCUGCAGUCUUGUCAGCUUUGCAUGAAUUUACACAGCACAACUGAACAACAAAGGAGGUGUUUAUUUUCAUAUUUUAUAUUCUCAUUAGGAAUUAACAUGUUUUGAAAUACCAGAAGAACUAGUCAGACGGACUUAUACUGCGUCACAAAACCUACAGUGCUAUAGGACUUCCUGCUAAUAUACUGUAUUUCUCUUCAGUGAUUUCUAACCAUUUCUUGAUUAUAUUUGCUGUAUUUUUUCUGUACAAUAAAGCUGUUGAAAGAGA